CAAAGAUGGAAUUUGAUUUCGAUACACCCAUCCACCGCGACCCACAAAACUACCGGAUCAAACAAUCAUCCGACGACAAUUUGACCGUUAAACUCCUCUUCUCAGCCGUGGUCGUCCUAUUCGCAGUCAUCAUUCUCAUACUCGCCCUUUACAUCUACGCCCGUUGCUCCAUCCUCCGAUCAAGGCGCCGCCACCUCCGCAGCCGCCACCGCCAGAUAGUAAUCUACAUGGACUCCACUCCCACAACCGCAGUCCACGGCCUAGACACCGCCGUCCUCAAUUCCCUCCCUGUAUUCGAAUACUCGCCCGAAACACACCAUCAGUUGCCUGAAUGUGCCGUUUGCUUAUCUGAAUUCGAGGAAAACGAUAAAGGACGACUCCUUCCGAAAUGCAACCAUAGCUUUCAUAUUGAUUGUAUUGACAUGUGGUUCCAUUCGCAUUCGACUUGUCCGUUAUGCCGGUCUCUUGUUGAACCGGUAAUGGAUAAUGAGGAUGUGGUUGUUUCGGUUGCGGAACCUCCACCGGAAGUCACUGAACCGGGUCCAAGCGAGAGAAGGAAAGAACUAGCGGUUGAGGUUCCUCCUAGGAGCUGGUCAGGGUUGAAUUUGACGGAGAUGGGUCAGAAUUCUCCGGCCACUCAUGGGUUUAAAUCACCACUCAGUCGAUUUAUGUCUUUGACGAGAAACAGAAGAAGCACCGCCGGAACUACGCCGUCCGGCGGUGUAGGAUCGCCGUCGAGUUCAUGUAGUCAUGAGUUGGAUAUAGAGAAAGGAGUAAACGAGUCAACUCAGUAUCAAAGUCGUUCCCAAACACCCAGAUGACGGCGCCGACGAUCGAGAAUAAAACAAACAUUACUCUGACUUGUCGUUCAAAAGAAAUUAACAUGUGUCGUAUUACACAUUUUUUUUCUAUAUUAUUAUUAUUUUAUUUGAGCCGAGAAUAUUAUU